ACAAUACAGUAUUUUAGAUAAAAAGCCGCAAAGGAUUAGGAUUUAGGAAUUCUGUUAAAUAUAGGAUUAGGAAUUGUUGCUCGCACGCACGCACAAGGAAAAACAUAAAACGAGUAUUUCGAUCUCUUGGCUUUGUGGCAUCCCUUCUCCUUGUGCGGCGUUUUCAUCUUCCAUCGAUUUGUUGGUCUGCCACCAUGCCCACCGAGAACUGCACCUCCGAUUGGGAUCCGCCGCCGCUAUGCGCACGCCUUGUUCCUUGCGCCUCCUCCAAAAGACGAAGGAUCAGCCAAGCCCAAGAAGGAAACAGUCCAGAUCCAAUCAGCAAACUCGGGGACGAUGUCCUCGUACAAAUCCUGAUUCGCCUCCCUGACCCCAGAUCCGCCUCCCGGUGCAGAUGUGUGUGCAAGCGGUGGAGCUCACUGAUCUUCAGCCCCGACUUCAAUCGCCUUUUUGUUCCGCGCCACAUGAGCAGGAACAGCGAACCACCUCUGCUUCUCCCCUCGUUCGACUACUCCCUCUCCAUCCUCCUGACCUUCCUCCCCGUGCCUCGAGGAGUCGAGACCGAUUUCUGCGUCUGCGAUUCCUUCGAGGACCUGGUUUUGUGCGGGUUCGACGAAGCAGACGGACCCAAUGGCGAAUUCGGCAGAACCUUCUUCAUCUGCAAUCCGUUUACGAAGCUCUGGGUCGCUCUGCCUCUCGCUCCGACAAGACCAGAGGGGUACUUUCAGAUGGAGGCGAGGCUGGUUUGUGAACCCCGGCAGUCUAUCGAUCUCGAUCUAGUUGUUUAUUCAGAGUACAGGUUUCGGGUGGUGUGUAUGUAUCUGUUGCGCCAGUCGAUCUAUCUGGACGUGUUCUGCUCCGAGUCCAGAGAAUGGACGAGCAGGGCUCUUGUCCUUGAUGGGUUUCUGAGACUGAGGGAUCCGCAUUUGAUCUCGUGGAAUGGGGAGUUGGUUUGGGGGUGCCGCAGAGCCGAAGCAGGGGCUGCACCUCAGCUCGUUCGAUUCAACCCUUUCCGUCCUGAUGUUCCUCCCACCUGCACCGACGUUUCUCAGCUCCUGCCGAGACGGUGGAACAUCUCGGUCUCACAGGGCGCUUUCCACAUAUUCGAGCUCGACGCCAAGGCCGAUUGUGUGCGUGCACGCGUCUGGAGGCUGGAAAAAGAAGAAGACCGUCGUGAAUGUUGGAGCCAUUACCUGGUGUCGGUGAAGGCCUUCGUUUCAUGGCGUGACAAUGACUUUCAGCUCGAGCGCUGUUCAGUAAUUGGUCUGCAUCCAGCGAACCCAGGAAUUGUCUUAUUGUAUUACCCUCGCUAUGGUGGGGAGAUGGGAGAUGAUGAAAUCGUGACUUGCGACUUGAGCAGCGGAGAGCUGGCGCACUUUUAUCAGCCUAUGUCCACAUUGAGGAUCUUCCAGCCCGCGGUAUCUUGCUGGCCUACUCCGAUUCCAAGGUACAAGGAAUUGCAAGGCAUGUAUGCUGGAAGCUACAAAUGUUGGGUUCAACGGGGCGGCCAAGUACCAACUCCCUUCAAGAGGGUGUUAGAUAUUCUUCGUGUAAACCGGAAGACACCUGAACUGCUGCUUGGUCGAUGAUGAUUUAUGAAAAGCUCUGCUCUCUCGGCCUGCAGGUGAAGAGGAGGAAGGAAAGGCAGGCUUGAAUUGGCUUUUGACGUCAAACUAAACUAUGUCAAGAUGUGGAAUCUGGCCUCUGUAGCUUCUAUAUGUAAUUUGGAGUUUCUAUAUGCAAAGUUUAAGUUAGUAAGUAUGGCCUUGGUGGUCGUUGGCCCGAUUGCAGACAUGUAAAUAUAGUUGUUGCUAGAUGUAGCACCGUGAUGUGCAAAUCCGGGAGAUAAAUGGUGUUCCCGAGCUGAAGAACUUUCAGCUUGUCUCCUCUCCUACAGUCCCUACUUAGUUAAUGGUCAUGGCAUUUUCAUUUAGGCAAUUGAUCCCAAUAGGAAGCUCCAUAGUUGGAGACUUUUUGUUUGCUACAAUUUUUUUUUUUAUUUCGGAACUUCCGACACACCUCAAAUAAUUGUAAGCGACACAUCUUCGAGAAUGAUUUUCUUGUUAUAAAGUUAUUUAUCUUAA